AUGGUGUUUCUGGAAGUGGGUGUUGCCACACGGGAUAUGUGGUUUUUGACGCUUGUGAUCCUACUUCGGAUUGUGGCUAAUGUAACUUAUAUAGUGGCAGAGGAAUCCGGCCUUUAUUAUGAACAUCGGGUGGAUUUGGAAGACGUUAUUGCAGUUAUAGAUAUCACGUGUUGCAUCGUUAUUUGUUUCUACACUGCUUUGGUGUGUUGCGAGUUCAAAUUGGCGAAGGAUGCAUCAACCUUUCUGAGGUCUUUUAGCUCGCUCAAGGAGACUUCCGUUAGGCCGGAUGUGUUCCCUGUCUUGGUUUUAGUAUACCUUAUGUUUAUGGCAUCAGAGUCUCUUGAAAUGACUAUUGUGGCAAAGGAAAGCAUUAGUUUUGUGUUCUAUAUGGUGAUGUUUUACAUGUACAGGCCAUAUGUUCUGGAGGAUGAGGGAGAAAACUGUAAGAAACUUCUCGUCUAG